CCGCCGCCCUGCCUCUUUCAGAAUGGCAUCCAGAAGUCGUGGGACUUCAUGAAGACGCACGACAGUGUGACCAUUCUCCUGUUCAACUCUUCCCGGAGGAGCCUGGUGCUGGUGAAGCAGUUUCGGCCGGCCGUGUACAUGAGCGAGGUGGAGCCGCCGGGGCACACAGUGGUGGGCUGGGCGCCCCGACCCAGUGUCAGCAGCCCCCAGGCCUCCUUGGGCCUUGGCCGCUGUGGUUGGUGGCCGGUCUCCUGCCUACCCCGGGGCUCAGACCCUACUCCCAGCUCACGGCUGUGGCGUGUGACCCCGGCCCUGUCGGCCUGGACCACGGCCAGCUCCUCGGGUGGCGUGGGUCCUGGCCGCGUGGCCCUCACAGCUGGGUGCUUGCUCCGUCUUCCUUCCACUGGGGACGGGCGGGUGCCGAGCGGAGAGGGCUGCGGCCUGCUCUGUGGCUCAGAUUGCGCUGUCUCGACCCACAGGGCUGGCGUGGGACUGACCGGCUCCAGCCAGACCAUGUUCUAUGCGGAGGUGACCGACGCCCAGAGGGGCGGCCCGGGCGGGGGCCUGGCUGAGGAGGGCGAGCUCAUUGAGGUCGUGCACCUGCCCCUGGGGGGCGCCCAGGCCUUCUCGGACAACCCGGACGUCCCCAAGACCCUCGGCGUCAUCUUUGGGAUCUCCUGGUUCCUCCAUUGUGUGGGCCCCGGCCUGGGUCUCCUGUGACCCCCGAGGGGGUCUGGAGCCAGGCCGGUCCAGGCCCCCACCCUGCAGCCCAAUAAAGGCUCCUGUGGCUCCA